AAAUGGUUGCGAAUCAAACGAAUGUUAAAAGUAAACCGGAUAAUGUAGUCUAUCAGACCCUGUCCACGCCAACCGACGUGCAAUCAAUCGUGGCAUCAAUAACUCCUACGCCUACACCCACAACAACACCACUAAACAAAUCCAUUAAACACGAUUUCUUUCCCGAGGUAAAAUUCUGUGACCUAUCGGCAAGCGAUUUACAUGAUGAUGACGGCGAUUUCGCUGUCAAUGAACGGCUCCUAAAACAUUGCCUCAUCACAGUGAAUGACGAUAAUGUUGGUCUAACCACGACAACAACAACCACCUUUUUAGUGAUGGAGGAGAGUGAUGUUAAAAAACGUAAGCGUCUUAUAUCAAACGAAUCGGGCGAUUCGAUUGAUUCGAGUUCAACAGAUAAAAAGAAGCCAGAGAUACCAGAUGGCGGUUACGGUUGGGUCGUAGUUUUAGCCUCACUCGUUGUUUCGCUAAUUGCUGAUGGCUUGUCUUUCUCAUUUGGACUUAUUAAUUCUGAACUGUUGCAUUACUUUGGAGAGUCACCCUCGAAAACGGCUUGGAUUAGUUCGCUAUUCUUUUCGGUACCACUAUUAAUGGGUCCGAUUUGGUCGAAUCUGGUUGAUAAUUAUGGCUGUCGUAAAAUGACCAUAUUUGGUGGUUUGCUAUCUGCAAUCGGAUUUGGACUCUCCUCACUUUGUAACUCUGUGGAAAUGUUGAUGUUGACCUUUGGUAUCAUAUCUGGUUUGGGACUGGGUAUUGGUUACGUAACAGCAGUUGUAUCAAUCGCUUUUUGGUUCGAUAAAAAACGAACUUUCGCUACUGGUAUUGGUGCUUCUGGAACUGGAAUCGGCACCUUCUUGUAUGCACCUCUGACCCAAUGGCUAAUUGAUAGUUAUGGGUGGCGCGGAGCCACACUCAUUCUCGCGGGCACUAUGCUGAAUACUUGCGUUUGCGGCGCGUUGAUGCGUGAUCCGGAUUGGUUAAUAGAAGAAAACCGUCUUGAAAGUCGUUCACAAAGUAUGACCACAUUUUCGAAUUCAAGCGUUUGUCUCGAAGAAAUUAAAAAACUGUUGGAUACUGGGAUAACGAAGGAGGCCGUGCUUGACACGUUGGUAACAAAAAAUAACACUGAGGCUAAUCAACAAAUUAAUGAUCCACACGAGUUCGUUAUGAAACGCUAUCGAAGCGAAAUCUUCUUACCGACGUUUCUAGGUUCUCAGGAUUUAGAAUGCGUUUACGAAAUCAAGAGCCUCAGUAGGCGUUCACUGAGAAAUAAAGAAGGAAUGGAAGCACCUUCACGAGAAAAUCUAUUAUCUAUGUCUUCAGCUGGGCCCAAUCCAACAGCAGCCAUUAUUGGAUCACCCGAUGACACAAUGAUGGGCGGUAUUGCUCAAACAGCCGCUGAAGAUGCAAGAAAGAGUUUCUUGGCUUCGAUAGAAACACUCUCGCCCUCUGAAAAAAUUGAUCGCGCUACACCAUCAGAUACAUCGUUUUCUUCGCAACAAGCUAUGGAUGGUGUAAAUUCUAAAGCACAACCACGCGAAUUCCAACGUAGCUCCCCCAUUGAUGGCAAUAUGGCCAACUCACGUUACUCCUUGAAUGAAAAUUUUUUCAGUGCAAAAAAUGCCACUACAUCUUUUGUGGACCUUAAACCUAACGGCUUGAGGCACAAUUCUGUCGAUAUAUUGAGCGAUGAGACUUAUUAUAUGUCAAUUAAAAAAAGUAAUACAGAACUUGUAAAUGGUAAUUUAAGAAAACUACACAAAGAUGCGGCAAUAAUUGGAAUACCGGAAAAUGAUGCCAGCAUUAAGCCAGCGAAACGUGCACGCACCGAUAGCAUUAGCGGCAUGCGUCGGCUUUCUAAGUCAAAGAAACCGUCGGUUCGACCAAGCUUACGAUAUAAUACAUCCUUACGGAACUCCAACUUCCUCAAGAACAUGCGUAUACACCGCAACUCCAUACAUUAUCGUGGCGCCAUGUUAAAUACACAUCGCUACCGACUGCGCGCAUCGUCGUGUCCGAACAUUUACCGGAACUCAAUGACAACAAUCGCGAAAGAAGAAGAAGACACCUGGUACGAGAGUAUGAUCGACACAAUGAAGACAGUAUUUGAUUUUUCAUUGUUCGCGGACAUGAAAUUUACUCUAUUCAAUUUAUCCACAUUGUUUCUAUUCAUUUGGUUCAUUAUCCCCUACCUUUAUCUGCCGGAGCAUAUGAAGCUUCAUGGCUAUGAAACGGCGGAUAGCGCACAAAUGAUUUCGGCCAUUGGAAUCGCUCAAACCAUCGGCAUGAUCGGUCUGGGUUAUGUGGGCGAUCGUUCUUGGAUGAAUGUGAAUGUCUGCUAUUCGGCGUGUAUGGUGGUUUGUGGCAUAUCGGUGCUUCUAAUGCCGGUUCUUGUAAGCAGUUAUAUUGGACUGCUGUUGGUGUGCAUCAUCUUUGGAUUCACUUUCGCUAGCUCAUUUUCAUUUACACCUAGCAUUUUGGUCAGUAUUGUCGAUUUAGAUGAUUUUACGUGUGCCUAUGGACUGGUGCUCUUGGUACAGGGUGUUGGUAUGAUUGCAGGGCCACCAAUUGCAGGCGCUAUUUAUGAAAUGACGCUAAGAUGGGAUAACGCAUUCUACUUUGCCGGUGUAUUUGUUGCCUUAUCUGGUGUGGCCUCCUAUUUGAUAGAAUUUUGUGAGAAGCGAGAAAAAGGCAGCGACAGCGAUGUCUCCGAGACUAAGAGAACUAAUUUAAUACAUUAAAUUACGAAUCCCUGAUAGAGAAUGGGGAUGCAUGAAAUUCCAUUAAAAGUUCAUAGCAACAAAGUCUUCUGUGUAACAUGUACAAGAUAUGCGUGUACAUAUGUAUGUAUGUUUGUACAACAGUAUACCAUACAUUAUAAUAAUUUUAUGUAUUGUACGUAUGUAUUUAUUAAAUUUGAACUGAACCAUGCUUACAACUGUUUCUCAUGUACUUGACGAUUAAAAAUUAGAAUUUGCAAACGAACAUGUAUACACUCAUAGAUAAUGCACAUUUAUUAUUAUAAAAACAGCACUAUAUCCAAGUUACUUCGUAUCUUUGUGAUAACAACAAAUACACACACUACAACUUAACGUUUUUUUAACACACUUACAUAAAUAAAUCAAGGAACAGUACAACAGA